GGCGCGGGGCGUAUUUCAGCUUGACUCCCACCAAGAAUGUCCAACUUUUGGUAGGCCAGUGUCGCUCCUGGACUCGCGGGACGGCAGCAGGGCGAAAAGUAACUUUCUUCUCUCGUAAUUGCGCCGCCAUCUCUUGCCAUCCCGCGAAGGAAAAGGAUCUACUAUGCCGCAACCGCGAGGCCGUCGUUGUCGCUAGAGGUUCUGAAUAUCUGGACGCAGACGCCCAAUAUGGCCACCCGUCUCAUAAGAAUCGGGCUCCUUGCAUUCACGACGGCCCUUCUCCUGUACUACCACUCCUCGCUGCUCUCAUUUGGGGCACGCGACGGGACGGCGGAGACCGAGAACCUCAUCCAGAUCCAGAUCCCACAGACACAGCCCGGGGACGCGAAAUGGCCAGCCCCGCCGGCUGAGGCGGUAGGCCCGGGCCCGGGGCUCUCGCAGGGCCUCCCGGGGCCCUCCGGCUCGUCGUCCGGGUUCAACGAGGUCAAGUUCGAGUUCCAGGAGGACCUGACCCGCUACGUCCAGCCCGUCUUCGACGUGGCAAAGCUCAAGCAGUACCGCCCGCACAACGACCAGGGCCCGGGACAGUUCGCCUUCGCAACAUACCUAUCGACGCGCGACAACAGCGUGGCGGACCCGUACUUCCUGUCCGCGAUGCAGCUCGUCUACCGGCUGCUCUGGGACCCCAAGUCCCGCUCGUCCUCCCACCCGGUGAUCGUCUUCGUGGCGCCCUUCAUCCCGCAGCAGCAGCGCGACCUCCUCCUCGCCGCCGGCGCCAUCGUCCGCGAGCUGGAGCUGGUGCCGUGGGACCCCCCCAAGGACGAGUCAGGCGGCCAGAUGUUCCCCUUCGCGCGGUGGAAGGACCUCUUCUCCAAGCUCAACAUAUGGGCCCAGCUGGACCUGUCCCGCGUCGCCUUCCUCGACCUCGACGCCUUCCCCGUGCGCGACCUGGACGGCAUCUUCGACCCGGCCGUCUCGCCGCGCCAGCGGUGCCGCGCCGAGCUCCUCCCCGCCGAGGACAGGGUCCGCGAGGCCGAGAUCUGCGACUACGUCUUUGCGGGCCACGGGCUCGCCGACGGCGUCAACGUCGGCGUGGUCGUGCUGGAGCCCAACGCGGCGAUGCACGCGCGGCUGCUGCGCGAGAGCCAGGACACCACCAAGUUCGACAACAAGAUGGCGGAGCAGGCCUUCCUCAACUACGCCUUUGGGAGGAACGGCCCUUUCCCGCCGCACGAGCUCGGCAGGGAGUGGAAUGGGUUCUACCCCAAGGAGGACGAGGAGGGCCUGCUGCGCGUGGUCCACGAGAAGCUGUGGAUAUUCGGGGACAACACGGCGUGGACCAAGGACAUCUUCGCCAACGGCUGGUUCGAGCUGUUGACUCUGUACCAGAGCCCAGAGUUCGAAGCGAUGAGGGCCCUGGACGGGCCUUUAGUGUCGGGAUUCGGGCGAGACUGAGUGCCACGAGGGAAAUAUCAACAACACGUUACUGAUACCCAUAUAGCAUGAGUGUACGAUGGCAUGUGACUUACACCAGAGGUCGACUGCUUCCAAGGUUUUGUUUCGCUUCUACUGUGCGAUUAUAGGGAAUAGCGGUGCCCUGUACAAUAUGGGACUCAAAUCGCACCAAGCUUAUAUACACAGUCAGCAAGGGUUCGUCAAAGGGAGGCCGGUGUGAUGUUCCUAGAUAUAUAUGAUUUAGUACGUUUUGAUCGCGUGACACAUGUGCAGUGGGGCGAUACUGUUUCCCCGAUUUUGGAAUAUAUUU